AUGAGUGAAAUCUUACGCUACCUUUGUGAAGUGGCCUCUGGCCAGCUUCCCAUGAAGGAAAUUAUUCACAAUAAUGAGAAAUAUUACGCGUUUGGGGAUCGAGCGUAUCAUAAGGAUACAGAAACAAAUCUGCUGGUUUACGGUAAACAAAACGAUUACUAUACUAUUGAUGCGCUCUUGUUUCUUUGGGAACAUCGUGCUAAAACCCACCCUUCCUAUGUUCGUGAUGCUACCGCGGCCAAUGUCAAAGUUGUUUCACGUCCGGAUAGAAGAGAAAUUUUGGACUACCUAAGUGGUAAUCGAGCGGAAAUUCCCACCAAUCACAACCCAUCACAUGCUCCUGCUCCCGGUAUUGCAAUCAGUCGUCUUGUUCCGGAAACUAUUGAGGAGCCAGAAGCGAAGAAGUUGAAGCUCGAGCCAAAUGCUCGACCUCGAGUAGAUCAGUUGCUUAACAAGGACCGAGUGGAUUCCUCUGAAGUACGAGCAUUGAAUGAGUCGCUCACUGCGGAUAAGAUUGCUGCUCUCAAGCAGAAAAGGCUGACCCAUCAGAAAACUAAAAUCGCUGCUGUCGAUCCGGAAAUGAUCUCUGGAGGAGCACCAACAGAGCCACUUGUAACAAGAUAUUCUAUGGAUGUCCGUAAAGUUGAACGAGUGUACAAAACUAGAAAAACAGUAAUGAAUGCCACCAAGAAAACCUAUACAUUCCUAUUCGACGUGUUGAAAUUGAUCAAGACACGUGAGGAAGCAGCGAAGUUGAAAGAGCGAGGAUUGGACACUUCCAAAUCUCAACCUGCCAAAUUCGUUGGAAUGUACAACAGAUACGACCAGGAACGCUUCGGAAAGCUUAACGAAUUCCAAACUAUGGGUACAUCGUCCUUUGUCGGUACAAAUCUUAGCUCUAUCAGUUCCUUACAAGAGAAUCGACCUGCGGAGUCCGCGGAGACGCCGAAACAGGAAGAAUCAAAACGAACUGCGUUAGCCACUACAGUUCCCCAAUACGUGAACUCCCCAGAUGAGCCUAAGAAACGCGUCAGUCGUACACCGAUUAUUAUAAUUCCAUCGGCUAUGACAUCGUUAUUGACAAUCUUCAAUGCUACAGAUAUUAUACAGGAUAUGAAUUUUGUAACAACGGAAGAGAAGCGGAAAGAGAAAAAUAUGCCCCGCAAAUCUCAGAUUUAUAUUCAACGGAAGAAGAACGAUACAACAGUUCCUUACUUAAUCGUCGAUCAACCUAACAAGUUCACCGACGCCGAAUGGGAUCGGGUUGUGGCUGUAUUUAUAACGGGACAACUGUGGCAAUUCAAACCAUUCAAGCGGUGGCAUAGUAAUCCUGUGGAAAUUUUCGCGAAAAUUCCUGCAUUCCAUGUCCAUUACGACGAUCUUAACGUUGAUCCAAAUGUCGCGAAAUGGAGAGUGAAUAUGUUGCCUGUCUCACGAUCAAAGAGGCACAUGGAUAAGGCCAGAUUCAGAGUAUUUUGGGAAAUUAUGGAUAGAUGGAUCCCUGCAAAUCGACCACACUUGCGGUGGUGA